AUGCAGAUUGCUUCUACAAACAUUUGUGAAAGAAUGGGUCGCUCUCAGGAGCUCAAUGAAUUCAAGCAUGGUACUAUGAUAGGUUGCCACCUGUGCAAUAAGUCCAUCUAUGAAAUUUCUUUGCUACUAAAUAUUACACGGUCAACUAUUAGUGGUAUUAUAACAAAAUGGAAGCAACUGGGAACAACAGCAACUCAGUCACAAAGUGAGCGGGGGCAGCGCAUGCUGAAGUGCACAGUGUGCAGAAGUCGCCAACUGUCUGCAGAGUCAAUAGCUAAAGAUCUCCAAACUUUGUGUGGGCUUUAGAUUAGCACAACAACAGUGCUUAGAGAGCUUCAUGGAAUGGGUUUCCAUGGC